AUGCUGUACCAGAACUUAAAGGUGUCCUGUCGGUAUAAGAGUGAUCCGUCUAGUGUAUACUUUGGGCGCCGGCAUGUCCCAUUUUCGGAUUUUACCGACGAUACCUCAGACCACCAGCCGGUUACGAACGAAACGUGGGCUCAACGCCUAGAUCGCUUCCAGGAUACGAUCUUACCAACGUUGCACAGGCUGACGAUGCGGUACACGGACACUCUGACAAGGAACUUCGACCGACUUCAUGCGGACGACCUGGUGCACUUUGAGGAAGGCGAUGUGGUGAUGGUCAAAUCGGAAGGGCGCACAUCGAAGGCCAUGCGCCCUUUGUUUGGUCCAUAUGUAUUUAAAGGCCGGAACGGACAUGAGUACGACCUUGCUCAUCGGGAUGGUUCGAUUCCAUCGGAAUUCAAGGGUCGACCGGUUCGGGUUGAAGUUAUACGGUUGGUCCUCAUGAGUACGGAUCCACCCCUGGAUGAGAGUCUAUGGCGUGAGGACGGGUCUGCGUUCCGACACAUCAUUAAACAUCGCAUGAAUUAUGACACGGGUCAGAUGGAGUACCUAGUGCGCCGGCGUGAAGGGGAACCUACCUGGGAAACGGCCGAGGCGUUUGACGAUGCUAAUGACAUCGUGGCAUACCAUAAGGUUACACAAACACGCUCUCGCAAGCGCCGGCGGGAAGCAGUGUAA